AUGGACUUAUCCUUGUUCCUUACAGAGAUCCAUCCUAAAGACAUGGAUUUCGAUAUUAAGAAGUUAUGUGAAUAUAUCUCGAUGUUAAGUAUGUUAAGUGAUUUCGGACCGUGCAAAAGAAAAAAUAAGUUGGAUUUCUCUGGUAAAAAACUUGAUAUCCCGGCUUUACUAUUCUAUUGA